AUGACCUUUGACAUCUUCGCACGGGGUGGCUGCGAUAUGGCGUCUCCACGUGCCAGAUUCGCAGACAUUAUCAACAAUCUCGGUGACGCGCUGCCUGCCGAGCUCAACGACGCACAUCGCGAAGAUACACAGCCCGAACCUCCUCAGCCUCGUCUCGGUCUCGACCCUUCCCCUGUGAACAAAGUGUCUCGCGCGACUGACGAAGCUGGUCCUAGACAUGACAUUGGACACCACGCGCAGCUGGUCGAGAAGACCGAAUUCGAGACCAAAUGGGACCGCUUGCCCACUGCCCUUGCGGCACUACCCAGCUUUUGCAAUAUUAAGCAACUCGUCUUGCGCAACUCGACUGGGCAGACGUCGUUCCGACUGUCGUUAUGCGUGCUCUCGAACGGCAUUGACCAAUGCUACCUAUCCCGUCCCACCUUCCGCCAGGUGCUACUCGACCUUGACGGCGAAAGCGGCGAAAGGAUUGACGACCCCGCCGAAGAUGCACACUUGUUGCCAAGAAGUGCUGAUGCUUUAACGCUCACCGAAGCAUUGUGGGAGAGCCACUUUGGCGUGCCACGGCAUUUGCGGUGGUACUCUGCUCAGGCCGAGUUCGAAGAUGGAGUAGCCAGCUGCAUUUCAUCACGCUUUGCGCCUCCCAACCCCGGCCAUCUUGGUCUAUCGUGCACCUCGAUCGAUUCGCCUGUUGACGUUGCUCACUGUGCUGUCGCGGGCACCAAGCGUCCUUUAUACUUUGUGGGUCCGACGUGUGGGCUCCUCUACAUCGUCGUACAAGGUUCGCUGCUCGUCGUCUCCUGGCCCAGCACUAGCCAUAACUUCGAUACCUUACUCAAUUGGAAUUCAAAGUUCUCCAAUGCACAUGAUUACCACUAUGACGAUCUCGAGGAACCUCAUGUCAACCUGCUUCGGACCGGUGAUACCGUGUACCUUGCUGCCGGCACCAUCAAUUUGAUGGUGGCACUUUCACAUGUUGCCCUGACCAGCCGUCAAGUUCUGAAUCCUACCUCAGAGGAGCUCAACACGAUCGUCCGAUGCUGCCAUCGCCUCAUGGACUCGUACAUCGAACAGCAGAAGGCUGGCUUUUCGCCGUUCGACGAAUUUGGCGUGCAGCUUAUGGACACGAAUCUGGCAAUGUGGACGGCGUUCGCCUCCCAUUUCGCCACGGACAAGCCUGCGGCAGCUAGCGAAGGGUCGCCUCACAAGGUCACCUCUACCCCUGCGAAGAAGAUCAAGUCGAACCAGCGGGCGAUGCAUGAAUUUUUAUGCGAUCUACGAAAAGUCAAAACGAAAAUCGAACGAUACCGCAUGAUGGUUUCAGAGACUAGCAACAGCCCAAGCAAUAUGAACAUUUCUGGCUCUCCGUGCUUCCGACCUCUUGAAACGCUGAAUGCACUGGCCGUUCUCUCGUCUUCUGCAGAGGCCGGGGAAGCAGCAGGCUCGACCGGUAGCAACAAGGACGCCGAUACGCUCCAUGGGCAUCUGUGGAGCGAGCUCACACUCAAAUCCAAGGAUUGUGCUCCCAGUUGA